GCGAUUUCCCGGCUCGUUGCGGUAGCAGGUGUCCGUCCCCACCCCGGCGGAGCGCCAAGUGUCGGCGGGGCCACGUCCUAGCGUCGUGCCGGGCCGGCGCGGGGGCUCGCUGGCUCCCUCGGCGCCUCCGCCUGGGAGUUCCUUUAUCAUCUAAAGAUCAAAUAUGGACCCUGAAGCUGAGAUAAAGAAGCAAGUAAACCCUUUCUACUGCAAUAUCUGCAAAAUCUGGUGUGCUUCUGCGUUAAACUUGCAGACUCACUUCCUUGGAUUCAAACACAAGACGGUUGAAGAAGCACUGAAAGCUCACGGAAUUCUUAAAACUGCAAGUGCCUCAGGGGAGCAAGUGAAAACACCUGUAAGACUUCCUGAUUAUGUGCAAAUUCAGCCAGAGAGGUUUCAUGGACAGACUUUGGAAGAACAGCUUAAUACAUGUAAAGAUUCAGAACCUGCACUUGGACUUAAUUAUAUAGUUGAAUACCGUUCGAAAGAUAAUUUCCCUUUUCUCUAUGAAUGUCAACUGUGCCACUGUAAAACAGGGCUGAGUAACAUGUUCAUGCAUGUUUGUGGUUCCAAGCAUAGACUGGCAUACCUGAAGCAACAUUAUCCUGAGAUAGCAGAAUCUGAUGAAGUUAAGGGUAAAGGCUCCGAACUGAACAGAAAAGUAAGGCAAGUUGCAUUAACAAUCGAGAAGAAAGAAGGGAGAAAACAAAUAAAGGUUGUUACAGAUGCUCCAGUUAUGAGGAGGAGAUGGCAAGAAUAUUCUAAUGCAGAUGACAGCCCUUCAAAAGCGAAAGUUCAGCAUGUGGACAUGUCACUUAAUAAUGAAGAAAAAACAGAUUGCAAAAAUAAGGAUGGAAGAAUGCCAGACCCUAUUCAAGAUGAAAAGAAUGUUCAAGAGGAGCACAAAAAAAGUCAGAAAGAACAGGGAAAACCAGAUGAGCAGGUUGAGCCUAAAAAGGCAAUUGAAAGCAGCAAAGGCAACAAGACUGAAGAAGGCAGCAAAGGCAACAACUCAGAAAAGUGUGAGACCAAUAAACAAUCGCAGGAAGAAAACAAGGAAGUAGAGCAAGAAUUUACAGCAAGUCCUGAAGAAUUCACUAGUCCAGAAGAACUGUUGGGUUAUUUGCAAAGUUUUGAGAUACUGAAUGAAGAUGAUGCUUCAUUUAUCCUGAAAGUUACACAGACUCUUACAGAUGCACUAGUGGAAUAUCGUCAGCAGGCUGCAUCAAAAAAAGACAUCUUAGAUACUGAUUAUAAUGGAGAAGAAGCAUUGGAACAUUCCACAGAACAGUCUGACCUGACUUCAGCAGAUAUUAGUGACUCUGAUACUGACUACUCAAGCAGCCGAUCAGCUAAGCAGUCCUUAUCAGUAAAUGAGGAAGAUGAACCCCAAAACUUUUCAACUGGCUCUUCGGAAACAGUGUAUGAGAACAUCACCACUGAAUUUUUGAACAGUGUGAGAAAUAUGAAUGUUGAGGAAGUUACUGCUACUCUACACAAAAUAGCAGCAGCAAAUCCAGCUUUCAGAGGAAUUGAUAUUCCGAAUGUUAUAAGGAUCCUGACUGAAAGUGGAACUCUGAGAAGAUCGAGCGAUGGCAGCACACAGUGACAUGGUAGUUAAUAGAGUUACUAUAGCAAUGCUUACUUUCUGUAAGUUUGAGAUUGUUGUUUUAGUUAAUAUGAACUCAGUGUAGCUGGUUUUGCUAUGUUCAAAUUUUGUACAGUGUUAUUUUAAUUAAAUUAAUAACCUGUUUUUGAGAUUCAUGUUAUUUAUUUCUCCAUAUAGCUGAAAUUUCUAUAUUUGUGGAAAGGUUGUAAUGCUCAUGCUCCUUCUUCCCAUGUUAAAACAUACUUUUAAAACAGGUAACUUGUUUUUCUAAAUAUCUUUAAAUGUUGUAUAUUGACAGUCUGAUCUUUUCUUAUUGUCAGUCCUUUUUUUACAAAGAGUUACCAACAGAGUGAACUGCUGCAGUCAGCAGUAUAAACUCAUCCUACAACAAAUACUCGAAGUUAUUCCUUGUGUCUCCUGGGCCUGACUCAAAAGCUAUUGUAAUCAAAAAUCCUUUCCGCUAUAAGGAUUACAAGUAGGUUUCCACACGUUUUUAAGUAAAGAUUAAAAAUGUCAGUGCUGUCAGUCUAGUUCUGAGCUGAGAAGUUCCUGGAUUAUAGGCAAUCUAGGGAGCCAAGGUGGUUGGAAGGUUUAGCAAAGUCAGCAGAGGUUGGCUGUGUCUGCAAAUGCAGGGCUGUGUCCAAGAGAUCAGCCGGCCUGCGAUUAAGAGGCACUAAUGUGGUAGCAAGAGUAUCUUUUGUCUUCUCCAGUCCCACCAGUGUGCGAAUUAAAUGAAAGCUGGCUCAUGCUGCCCUUCAGUUCAGGCUCUUUUAACGUGAACUUCCUUCCAACUAAAGUAGCAGUGGCUUUGACCAAAUGUAAAGGUCUAAUGGCUACUACUUGUGUUGGAUGAUGAAAAAUGUUUUGGAUGGUUACAAAUUAGCAUGCUUGGAAAAAAAAAUUAAAAUUGUGUAAUUAAGAUUUGCUUCCUGCUUACGAUGUUGGGUAGCAUUCAGUGGCUCUAAUUAAAGCUCUUCAGCUUUGCGGCCAAAUGCUGGUGUAACAUAGACAUGCUGGGACCAGAUGGUAAAUGAACCUUUUAAUGUUAACUUACUUUUUUUUUUUGAGAUCUGGUUGGAAUUGAGAAUCCUUAUCCUGACUGUUUCACAUCUUCAUAUCACGGAACACAAGACACCGUAAAAAUAAGGUAACAAAGAAAGCAGCCACAGAAUCAGUUAGUUUUGUUCUAUGAACAGACACAGGAAUGAAAACAGUUCAGUGACAGUUAAAUGGAAACAACACUGCUUUAAAGAAAUUGCAAAGAAUUUCUGGAAUGCCUCUAAACAUGUUCUUGUCAGAAGCAGAGAUGGGAACCAAAACUCUUACAGCUCAUUUACUCUAUAAUACGGAUGAUGUUAAUGACUGCUUAAUGAAGAUGAGCUCGAUCAGUAAAAACAUUUUUUAGUUGAUACGAAAUUCUGAAUUCUGUGCCUGUAAUACAGAAAAUAAAAAUAGAACCAUCUGUUUGUUUGUUUUUGAAGUGCAGAACGUUCUGUUAAUUAAAAUAAUAAGAACAGAAUUUUCAGCUGUUGUAAAUGGCCAUCUCUGGGACAGCUUCUCUCUCUUACCGUGGAAUCAUUCCUAGUGGAAAUAAAAGGAAAUUGAAAUUA